AUGAAUUCCAAUGUCAAUCGGAAUCCAGACUUUUAUUUAUUCCACAUCCAAAAUAACCAAUACAGAAGUGUGGCGAUAGAGUUCAAUGUUGAAGAGCUUUUCGUGGAAAAUCCCAAUAAUCCAAUCAUCUGGCCGGACGGUACAACAACCGCGCCACCGGCAGUGCCCGAAUGUGGAUUUAACGGAUGUCCAUACGACCCAACUAUUCUAACAGUUUCUUUAGUUAUACCAACAGUAACCGUUGCUGUUUUAGUUAUCAUUAUAUGCUGCAUCUAUGGGAAAAAGAAGCGGGAAAGAGACAUCGCUAACAUGUUGUGGAAAGUGAAAUAUGAAGACAUACACAUCGGCUUGCCUCGGAGUUUUUCGCAUUCAUCGGGGAUAAGAUUCGGCAGAGUAGCGGGACUGAAUUCGCGGAAUAAACUUUUAGGCAAAGACAGUCGUACAACUGUUAGUGGUAUGAAUUCAUUUGCCAGUUUCGCAGCCAAACAAAAUCAACUAUUCGCUCAAAUCGGAACUUACAAGGGCACAAUAGUUGCUAUCAGUUCACUAAAUCCCAAUCGAUUCAAUUUGACAAAGGACGUCAUGAGCGAUUUGAAAUCUGAUAUUAUCGCAAAUGAAGACAUAAACAUUGACGUCAUGUUUAAAAUAUCAUUCACCACAGACAUCAUAAAGGGAAUGGAGUAUCUUCACAAGAGCAGUGUCCGUUCGCAUGGAUAUUUGAAAUCCAGUAAUUGUGUCGUCGAUAGUCGAUGGGUUGUUAAGAUUACCGAUUACGGAGUUCUGAAUACAGCUUUCAAAGACGAUUCUCUAUCCGACUAUCAACUGUAUACCCGACAAUUAUGGACCGCACCGGAGCUUUUACGUAUGGCGAACCCCCCUGCUAAAGGCACACAAAAAGGAGAUGUGUACAGCUUUGCGAUUCUCGUGCAAGAAAUUGUUUUCAGAAGCGAGCCAUAUUACCUCAAUGAAGAAGAACCACAAGACAUAAUAGAACGUGUAACAAAGUUGGAGAACCCUCCAUACAGACCGUACUUGCCACACGAUAUAGACGCGUCAUCGGCAGAAGUUAUACCGUUAGUACUUAAGUGCUGGUCAGAAGAUCCCCAGGAAAGACCCGACUUUACUCAAAUACGCAAAACGGCACAUAUCCUGAAUAAAGGAAGACGCGCACAUAUUUUGGAUAACAUGAUUGAAAUGAUGGAGAAAUACACAAGUAAUUUGGAAGAAAUCGUAGCUGAGCGAACAGACGAAUUAAUUCGAGAAAAAAAGAAAACAGAUAUGCUGCUUUAUAAAUUGUUGCCAAUAUCCGUGGCUGAACAGCUGAAGAGUGGCCAGUCAGUCUCAGCAGAAACGUUUGAUUCGGUAUCUUUGUUCUUUUCUGAUAUUGUUAGCUUUACAGAAAUUGCUGCACAAAGCACCCCAAUGCAGGGCAAAGGGACGCAAACAACGUACUGGUUAACUGGAAAACAGGGAUACGAAAAACAAUUACCCAAAUGGGAUCGGGAAAGUCUUGACAGCACAGACAGUGCAGUGGCUGGCCUGAUGGACAGUCCAGUACUGUCCGUGAAAAAGUGA